AUGAGUUGCUUGGCCCUCAGCAAAAGCGCCGGCGCAGGUGGGGGGAUCAGCAAGUCCGAGGAACAUGCCCGCGCGGCAAGUGCUCUAAGCUUGCUUGCCACUGAACCCAUUGACCUGGCUGGCCCAUCACCCACAGCAAAUGAUCAGGUUGUGCCUGGUCAACCAGGUGGAAUUGCCGGCUGGUCGCCCCUGCUCUUUUUCCACCGGAACAGCGGCACUCAAUCAGGGGAGCCUUUCCUUCUACUCAAUCAGGUGAGCGAUUGA